AUGAUUUAUAAGUCCCAGAACCUCUUGCUAAGUGUGCUUUUGCUAGCAAUUUAUUCCCUCCAGUCUGUGGUAUGCGGUCAUGAUAGGAUGGGGCCGCACCUUGAUAAUCCCCAUCAAAUCCCUUUUCUUGGAACAAACGGAAACGUCUCACUUUCAAGAACAUGGCAGAUUCUUGGCCCUUUUCGAUCUGGAACACGAGAGGCUAUCUGGGGCGCAGAUCCAUUGGAAUACUAUGGCGGCUUCUCCAAUCUCUCUUAUAAUACCGAUACCAUUUUCAGCAGUGCCCUUGCUGUUAAUGGAACUGCCAGAUGGAGUCUCGUUCGCGCUGAUAUCUCGAGCAUUUCGCCGGGAACGACAAAAGCCUCACUGAAUGUGAGAUUCCCGGAAGUCGACUGGACUCUUCUACAAUCUGUUUAUGGGUGGGCUGCAUUGCAAUACCAGGCCUGGGCCCGUGGCUCCUUGGAUGUGAACCGGCCGAAUGGUCAGACUAUUGCUCUAUAUAUGAGUGGUUUGCUCGAGUUCUUAGUGGAUGGUAAACGGCAUUUUGGCGGCGAUUUCUACAGCUAUCGCAGAGCCCCCGUUAUCUUACAUCUACCUCAAGGCCAACAUACAUUGGAUUUGAGGCUGACGCGCGAUGUUAGGGCUCUGGGCGCAACUGGUGAACCUACAAUUGGGGUCAAUGUUGAAGCUGAAGAGCGCCAAAUGUCUUUGAGCAUCGACUCAGGGACCCUCUUGGUAUCUGACAUUACUCAGGGAAAGCUUGGAAGUAGCUGGGCGUCGAUUAAUGUGCAGAACAAUCUAGCUGAGUGGGUUGAAAUUGUCUCUCUUAGUUCGCCAGAUGCCACUCAAUAUGUGCUAGACAUGGAAAGUCUACAUCUUUCCCCGUACCAAAUCCGACCACUAAUCUUUAACAUUUCCAUUGAGUCUCCAUUGAAGUUAGAUUUCUCCAUCGACAUUAUCUACAAGACGAAUACAGAAAAAGGUGAGGUUCUCGGGUCGCUGCCCUUUCAGAUGAAACUCGUCGAGAAGUCCCUUUCAGAAGCACAAAAAAUCACAUUCCUUCAUCCUGCAAAAAUAGUUUCUUAUGCUAUUCUGAGACCACCGCCGCUUACUUCCAUUUGUGGGGUUCGUGAGGGACGAAACACCAUGCCUGUGAUGAUUGCUCUCCACGGGGCAGGGCUUCAGGCAGAUACACCCCUGGUGCGUGGAAUGUUGGAUGCUGCCGAUUAUGUUUGUUCGUGGAAGUUGCUUCCGACUGGUGUUACCCCAUGGAGCGGCGAUGACUGGCACAUUUGGGGUACCUCUGAUGUUCAGGCUGCUAUAGCGACAAUCCCUCAAUGGAUCAGAAAUGUUAACUGGCAAGGCCCGCAUGCGGCUGUGGAUGACUGGAUUAUCACUGGCCAUUCGAAUGGAGGACAAGGGGUAUGGUAUCUUUCGACCCACUAUCCUGACAAGAUUAUUGCGGCGGCGCCAGUAUCAGGAUAUUCUUCCAUUGAAAACUAUGUGCCAUACAGUAUGUGGCAUGAUUCCGACCCACUAGUCUCAUCCGUUCUCCAGAGGUCUCGGUCAAGUUAUAAACAUGAACUUCUGUUGGAAAAUGCUGCAGGCAUCCCGAUCCUGCAGCAACAUGGCUCUAAUGAUGAUAAUGUACCAGUGUACCACUCUCGCCUUAUGCACGAGCUACUUGAAAGACUCCAGUUGCCGUCUCAAUACAAUGAGCUACCUGGAAAAGGCCAUUGGUUUGAAGGAAUCAUGACCACUUCGUCAUUGUUGGGGUUUUACGAAGAGAAGGCCAUUUCCCAGUACCGACCAAAAAUCCCACUAUCAUUCACCAUAAAUAUUCCGUCAUCUGGGGCCAUGGGAUCUAUGUAUGGGAUUUAUGUCGACCAGCUGCAGUCACCUGACAUGAACGGCAAAAUAGAAGUCACCCGAGAUCUGAAGAAUGAGGUUUGGUACCUGCAGACGCAGAAUAUACAUCGCUUCCAUCUUUCAGUCAGCACCCGGGUAGAAGUCCCGGUCGCUUUGGUGCUGGAUAGAAUGGAACGUCCAUUUAUCGUGGACCCAGGUCUAUGUGAGAAGACAUGGUAUCUUAGAGGCCCUCUGGAUCAAUGGGUAGCAUCAAACGGAACCGAAUGGAAGAAUAUUUACCAAAGACACGGCCGUCAAAUGGGUGCAAUGGAUGCUAUAUUGCGCUCCAAUGGGACUUUCACAAUCUCUACUUGCUCGGCUGGUGCUGAACACAUUGCGCUCCAAAUUAGCCGGAACCUUCUGCAAUAUUUUGCAGCGGAUUCGCUGAUAGUUGAGAAACGCAGCUCAAUCGCUCCUUCUCUAGACCAAACAUCCAAAAACGGGCCUGGAAAUGUCAUAGUCCUUGCUGUAGGCGAUGACUUGCCUCCCUCAAAAAAUCCGGCAUUUCCAAUUCGCGUUUGUCGUGGUAACCUGGUGCUCUCAGACGCAUACAGUUCUCAUUACGCAAAUGAAACGGGACUUGGCUCUGAGAAAGCACAGAAGUAUGUGUCCGAAUAUACCUACCAGAAAGGUCUGGGGGCGUUGUUUCUUCGCCCCCUAGAGAAUGAGCGAUUGGAGCUGAUGAUUUGGGGCGCGGAUCUACACGGCCUUGAACAAGCGGCACGUCUCGUACCCAUACUUACAGGUGUCGGACAACCUGACUUUAUAGUACUGAGUGAUAGCUGCCGUUGGAAAGGUCACGGCGGUCUAUUUGCCGCAGGGCAUUUCAACACAUUUUGGCAGAUAUCGCCUGGUUCCUUUCUUAGCAGGGGACCAGGAACGUACGGAUCAUGUUUGUUAUAA